GUCUCUAAAGACAUGGUCGAACUGCCUACAGUUCCAGCAUACUAGCCGGGAAGAUGUCCUUCCUCGCCCGAAGGCCUUCUCAGGUUCUCUAGGCGGCGUGUUCGCACGAUGUGUUAAUACUUCGACCUCAUGCACUAUCGGCUUCGUUCCUUGCGACGGCUGCACGUAUCCAGUCCGGUUUCUGCGACCAAUGUGCCUCUCCACUUCUAUGCACUAUGCACGGGGAGUACAUCCCUAGCAUAGAUAUAUUUUGCCAGACUCUCCUUCAAGCCACGCUUUAUAAUCUUCACCAGUUCGCGGUCUCUAGAAUCGUGCGGCGAGCCGAAGCAUGUCCCGCAUGACCACCUUCGCUGGUCUGUUGCUCUCGUUGUAAAAGCUCCUGCAUCACAUCAUGCUCCGUCUAAAAGCCCCGGAACCUGUCCAAAAGAGCAUGUCGCAGUUGCAACCAGCUGUUGACCAUAGAAUGCCGCACAUGCAUCCAAUACCACUCGCGGGCACGGCCGGUAAGGAGCAGGUGAAAACCGCGCAAGACCUCCUGCCACGGGCAUUGAUAUGGCCUCUGCAAGAACUCCAGCCGGAUCAUGAAGUCCUCGACAGAAUUCAUUGCGUCCUCGCCGUCGAACUUGUCAUUCCACCUCUAGAACUUCAGUCCUCUACUCGGAAGUGGCGAUUAUUCGGAUUACGCCAGUUCCUGAGCAUCUGCAACGAAUACUGGGCUGCUGGAUGAAUGCUCCGCUCCUCGCGCGCCUUGUCUGUGUUGCUUCGGCGGCACCGGUGGGGAAAAUGACUCGCGCUGGGUACCUUCUCGCUCUUUCGGGAUGGCGCCUGUUUGCGGUCCCGGCACGACGUGUCUCGGCGGCAUCGGCGCAGUGUUAGGCUACCCGACGUGGUUCUGUGGCGGCUUAAUCACCUCAUGCACUAUCGGCUUCGUUCCUUGCGACGGCUGCACGUACCCAGUCCGGUUUUUGCGACCAAUGUGCCUCUCCACUUCUGUGCACUAUGCACGUUCGCGGUCUCUAGAAUCGCGCGGCGAGCCGAAGCAUGUCCCGCAUGACCACCUUCGCUAGUCUGCUGCUAUCGUUGUAGAAGCUCCUGCAUUAAAUCAUGCUCCGUCUGAAAGCCCCGGAACCUGUCCAAGAGAGCAUGUCGCAGUUGCAUCCAGCUGUUGCGCAAGACCUCCUGCCACGGGCAUUGAUAUUGCCUCUGCAGGAACUCCAGCCCUUCAUCAUCUUCAUGAAGCUUGUUCGCAUCUCCUCGCGGAUGGAUUCGCUGAUGCCAGAUGGCAGGGCAUGCAGAUAUGUCUGGUGGGCUUGGGCUAUUACCGCAUUCGCUGCUGACCACGACAAGGAAAACUUCUCAUGCUAAUGAAUAUUCUGAUAAUAUCUGCCUCCGUCGUGCUUCUCGGAUUCCACUACACGCUGCGCGAUUAUGUGCCGCCUACUCGGGCCACAUAAGGCAUCAGCGGUGUGCUUCCUAAAGCCAAG